UUCAAGUAAUCAUUUACAAUCAAUAUGAAAUAAUAAUUGCUCCAACCAAUACAAUUUAAAAAGGUUUGAUAAAUUUGCAAAAUAUCCCAAGCAGUCUAUCAACAUUCUAUACAAACAAAGCACAAAUGGGCAGUUAUGAAUAUCUAGCUGAGAUCACGUGGCAGGUUGAAGUUGUUUACACUCGUAGUGCAACUGCUUGGAGAGAAAGUGCAGUGUCAAGUGGUGAUCCUUGCGUGUCACCAUUCCCCAGUGCUCCCUCAAGCUUCUCUGCCUUCCGCCACCGCCAGGCAGGUAGCAACGAUGGUGAGUACAAAGAUGUCACGGAGCGUGUAGUGAGGCGUGAUGGACAGUUAUUGCCUUAGCUUUGAGAGGGCCGGCCUGUCAUCAACGGUGCCAUGGUGCGUUCCGGUGAUUCCUCUUGGGAUUAGCGAGCAGAGUACAAGGGAAGCAGAGGAGGAGCUUGCAGAAGCUGAGCGACACGGUAAUUCUAAGCCCUGUAGGAGUACCUACCUCAAACUUCAGUCAUCAAUGGUUGAAAUAAUAAAGUCUGCCAAGCUGCGCUGCAAAGAAUAUAGAGCACACAAGUCAAUGUAUGAAGAAGACAUGGAUAGCAUUUUGGAUGAAGAUAAGAUAAUUGAUUGUAGCCUUCGCUUUGUUGUGCAGCUUUUGCCAUCACUCUUUAAGGAGAAUGAACAAUAUCUGCUAGUUCAGUCAUAUGAGAUCUCCAGCUCCAGUCCUCACCUUUCAAGGAGGUGAAUACCAGCUUCACAUCAAUGGCACAUCAGUUUUUGCAAGAAAAACCUGCAAGUUUACAAGUGCUCUUGAAGGCUUGUUUCAGUCAUACUGGGUAUUUUCUUUGGAGUAUCCAAAGCCAGCUGAAAAAACUUUGUUAUUCUUGGAGUCAUACAUAUUUCAACACAAAUGCAAACUACCAGCAUCUGUUCGCACUUGGGCGGAAAAGAUUGGUAUGAGGGCCUAAUAAUGAGGUUGUGAGUUUCCACUUACGUGACAAAUUUAAAAUGCAUGAUACACUAUGAACUUCAAGUGGGGGUUAUUCUCUCUCUC